GCACAUUCCAGCCAGACCCCGUUCGAGACAAUGAGGGGUGGGACACAAUUUUAUUUAAAAUCUCUUUAGGCCUAAUCUUGCGCUUUAAUCAGGAACAGAGCAAAGUUAGGUUGAAGGUUCCUAGGCGGGCUACGUAGGCUACUUUAUCGAGAUGGAGCCAUGGGCUGUUUGUGAAUUUAUUUCAAAGCGGAAGGCUGACGUCUAGCCUAUGUUCCAGCUCGGCUUCGUGUUUUCGGUUUAUCAGUCAAAGAUUUUAGACAGAGAUUUCGCGUCACAGCGCCGCGCUUGAGACGAGACAAAUCUGGUAAACUUGGACGGACCAUAUAUCUUAGACCGAAAGGACGGGUGUUCAUUUUCCCAGUCAGGUAUCUUGGAUAUUCAGUUUAGAGUCGUUUCAUUGUAGCAGAACUGAAAUUAUUUGACAUAAAGUUGGGAGGAGCGCCAUAUAAAAAUACUGACUUUGAUUCGCAUCGAAACAGGAAAGGAUGUGGAGAGAUUCUACGAUUCAACAUCUGGGACUGAGAACUUUCACCGAACUCAAAGGUUGACAUAUGAAUGGAAGACGUAUCGAAUACAUUCAUUUUGGUUGUCUUUUAACACUUUAAAGUAGUUUAAAAGACACAUUUUGUUUGUAAUAUGGGACCAACGUGGCGCAUGUCUGUGGUGAUACAUAAUUUGGCUUCUUCGUGAAAAGCAAGAAGCUGCGCUUAAAAGGACAAAUAAAACGGAGAAUGGGGGGUGCUGCCAUGGUCACAGUGCUGCUGGCUGGGAUGUGCCUGUGGACCUCCACAGCUAAUGCAGAUCAGUCAUCUGUGGGAUCGCCGUCCAGGGGCCCUGACGGCGUCACCGACCUGCUGUGUACGUGUGAGAACAAGAAGGGGACGUGUAGGAACGGCACCUGUAGAGGUGCCUACUGCUUCUACACCAAGGUGCAUGGCAGAGAGGAGAGGGGCUGCUUCCACAAGGACCACUACAAGGAGCAGUGUUACACCAGCUUCCAGGGACUGUACGUCCACUGCUGUACCAAGAACCUCUGUAAUGUCAACAGCACCGCUCCCCCAGACCCAGUUGAGCCUACGAGGGAGGAGGACAGCGUGAUUCUGCUGGUGGCAGUCCCUCUGCUGGUGUUGCUGAUCCUGUCCAUGGCUGUGUGUGGCCUGGUGCUGUGGCUACGCUCCAGACGACAGCACCACAGGCUGGGCUACAGAGAGGACCGUGACGUCUCCAUGCUCAAGGUGCCCAGUGGGACAGACCCUACCUACGGGGAAAUCUUCGAUGAGUUCUGUACCUCAGGCAGUGGGACUGGCCUGCCGUACCUGGUGCAGAGGACCAUGGCUCGGCAGAUCUCUCUGGUCGAGUGUGUCGGUAAGGGCCGGUAUGGGGAGGUGUGGAGGGGCACCUGGAUGGGCGAGAGUGUUGCCGUGAAGAUCUUCUCCUCCAGAGAUGAGCAGUCCUGGUUCCGAGAGACCGAGAUCUACAACACUGUACAGCUCAGACACGACAACAUCCUGGGCUUCAUAGCAUCUGACAUGACUUCUAAGAACUCCAGCACCCAGCUGUGGCUGAUCACCCACUUCCACGAGCUGGGUAGUCUCUACGACUUCCUCCAGUACAGCAGCCUGGACCCCGAGGGCUGCCUAAGGAUGUGCCUGUCUGUAGCCUGCGGCCUGGUCCACUUCCACACUGAGAUACUCAGCUGCCAGGGCAAGCCUGCUAUCGCCCACCGAGACCUAAAGAGCCGGAACAUCCUGGUCAAGAGGAACGGACAGUGCUGCAUCGCCGACCUGGGCCUGGCUGUGAUGCAUUCUCAGACCAGCGAUUACCUGGACGUGGGGAACAACCCCAGGGUGGGUACCAAACGCUACAUGGCCCCAGAGGUUCUGGAUGAGACCAUCCGCAUGGACAUCUUUGAGUCGUACAAGCAGACAGACAUCUGGUCCCUGGGCCUGGUUCUCUGGGAGAUUUCUAGACGGACCAUGGUCAACGGGAUAGUGGAGGAGUACCGGCCGCCCUUCUUUGACAUGGUGCCCUCUGACCCCAGCUUUGAGGAGAUGAAGAAGGUGGUGUGUGUAGACCAGCAGAGACCCAGUCUGCACAACAGGCUCCACUCGCACCCGAUCCUGGCUUCCAUUGCCAAGGUAAUGAAGGAGUGUUGGUUCCAGAGCCCCCCAGCCCGACUCACAGCUCUCCGUGUCAGAAAGACUCUCUCCAAGCUGGACCAGGACCAUGGCUACCCCACAGAGAAACUCAAAAUGGACCUGUAGGCCUCGACACCGGACUGCAAGCAGGACGUCUAGACCUCAACAUAAGACUACGACCAGCACACCAAAAGUAGGGCUUAUAGUCUUAUAUAGAGACGAUCUAUAUCCUCUCCUACUACUUAAGACUCUGUGUCCCAUAUAUCUAGUGCUUCUUCCUACACGGCUGUCGCCUGGAUCAUGUAAUCUGGAAUGCAAUCGAAAAAUGUCAUGUAUUUGCUUUGGCCUAUUUAUCUGCUGAGAUCUGGAAUGGGAAGCAUAGCAACCGACACAUUUGGACUUGGAUCAUUCUAUGGACAGAACCCUUUGCCGGUAACUGCCUGAUUACUCCUGUUGAAAGAGUUCACCAACUUCCGGUCUUCCAUAGAGCAUGGACACUGUCUUCCAUAGAGCGUGGACACUGUCUUCCAUAGAGCGUGGACACUGUCUUCCAUAGAGCGUGGACACUGUCUUCCAUAGAGCGUGGACACUGUCUUCCAUAGAGUGUGGACACUGUCUUCCAUAGAGCAUGGACAUUGUCCUCUCCUAGGGGCCCACCGGUUUGAGAGAUCUUCAGAGUUUGGUGGAUGUGAUGUCCUUGUGGGAAUGGGUGUCUCACCGUUGGAUCAGUGAGGCCUUGUGGACAUAGCGUGAUCAUUUCAAGCGGCCGUUUAAUGCCUCGCUGGUUUCUUAAUUGUUUUGAUGCACUAUACAGGAUCUAUACGUAUUGAUUUAUUUUGCAUUUCCUGAAAACCUUUUCAGCUGACCAUAUACAGUGCCCUUGUAAUGCUCCCAUUACUGCAAUGUGUUACUCAUGAUGAUAUUGUAAGCACAGAGCUAAUAAAUCAGUUCUAUCUACUCUUAACAAUAGGAUGUUUCUUUCACCGAUUUACUGUUAAAAGCUGUUUUAAAGUUAAAGUACUUCUAUAUUUUACGAUGUUCAUUUUAUACAUGCGUUUGUUUUUUAUCUGAAAUUAUAUCUGCAAAUACUUUCAGCACAGAAUUACCAUCACGACCGUUCAACAAUAUUGAAAAAGGGAAUUAAAUAAAAACCAUCACGCUGUU